ACAUUGCACACGCGGCUCUGGACGCUUACAAUGGCGGCUAUUGUAGCUAUUCGCCUUUCUGCCCCAACUGGGGGAUACUGGACCUUGAGCACCUCGGGAUCGCAUACCCUAUAUGAGAUUGUGUUCCUCCGACACCCUCCAUUCGUCCUGCUUCAGAAAGGCCCCCUAAGCUUUGGUACACGCGAAAAUUUCACACCCCACUGCAAUGCAGCCUCAGAGGCAGGAGAGACCCCAUACAGCUUAGAAUGCAGAACUACAUCCCAGCUCCCCUCUUCCAGGCAACUCCUCCACCUGCAACAUGCGAAGUCUUAACGUCUGGAUGCAGAGCAAAGCUGCAGUCACCUUACCAAUAAAAGCAAAUGCUAACGUCCCCCGCAUCUGUACCACUUCUCAACUGACACUCCCAAAAUACCUGACACGGCACUAGCUACCUUAAUAACACUUCACCUUCCCUUAGGAGAGGGGAGGGAGCACUGGCAGUUGCUGGGUAAUUUGAAGACUACCGUGGAGGGUUUGGUGUCAGCCAACAGUCCCAAUGUCUGGUCCAAGUAUGGUGGCCUGGAACGGCUUUGCAGAGACAUGCAAAGCAUCCUCUAUCAUGGGCUCAUCCAUGACCAGCAGGUUUGUUGCCGCCAGACUGAUUACUGGCAGUUUGUGAAGGACAUCCGCUGGCUCAGUCCCCACUCAGCCCUUCAUGUGGAAAAGUUCAUCAGCCUGCACGAGAACGGCGAGAGCGGUGCGGAUGGUGAGAGCGGGGACAGUGACAGCAGGCGCGCUGUGGCCGAGCUGUGGCUGCAGCACAGUUUGCAGCGGCACUGUCUCUCUGCCCAGCUCCGACCUCUGCUGGGGGACAGGCAGUACAUCAGAAAAUUCUACACUGAUACUGCUUUCCUGCUAAGCAAUGCCCACGUCACGGCCAUGCUACAAUGCCUGGAAGCCGUGGAACAGAACAACCCCCGCCUCCUGGCUCAGCUUGAUGCAUCUAUGUUUGCCCGGAAGCAUGAGAGCCCGCUGCUGGUAACCAAGAGCCAGAGCCUGACAGCUCUGCCUGGAUCCACAUGCACGACUUCAACCAGCUACGCUCAACAUCCCUACUUUGGGUCCUUCUCUAGCCUCCACCAGUCUGCACCCAACCACAGCUCAGAAAGAAGAACCACUUCCUUUUCACUCUCUGGCCCUCCCCGGAAACCUCAAGAAAGCAAAGAGCAUGUCUCACCAGCGCGGGAUCAGACCUUCCAAGCCCCCCUGCUUGCAGUCUCCUCAUUAGCUGGGGAUCCCCCCUCAACCCCAAAUGAGAUGAGCUCUAGCACUCUGACCAGCCCCCUAGAAGCAUCCCAGGUCAGCAACCAGAAUGAAUCUCCAGGCGAUGCCAGCGAGGGGCCGGAGUACUUGGCCAUUGGCAACCUGGAUCCCCGAGGCCGGACUGCCAGCUGUCAGAGUCACAGCAGCAAUGCUGAGAGCAGCAGCUCCAACUUGUUCUCCUCCAGCAGCUCGCAGAAGCCCGACUCUGCUGCCUCUUCCCUAGGCGAGCAGGAGGGAGGUGGGCAGAGCCAGCUGUCCAGCAUCCUUCGCAGGUCCAGCUUCUCAGAGGGGCAGACACUCACUGCCACCAGCGGAACAAAGAAGAGCCACACUCGCUCCCAUUCGGACACCAACAUUGCCUCCAGAGGAGCCCCAGACUGCCCCAGGAACAUCACCAUUAUAGUUGAAGAUCCCAUUGCAGAAUCCUGCAAUGAUAAAUCGAAGUUGAGAGGCCCCUUGCCUUACUCUGGCCCAAGCAGUGAAGUCAGCACACCCAGCUCUCUGUACAUGGAGUAUGAGGGUGGUCAGUACCUGUGCUCUGGGGAGGGCAUGUUCCGAAGACCAUCAGAAGGACAGUCCCUCAUCAGCUAUCUGUCUGAGCAAGACUUUGGAAGCUGUGCAGACCUGGAAAAGGAGAAUGCGCACUUCAGCAUCUCAGAGUCCUUGAUUGCCGCCAUCGAGCUCAUGAAGUGUAACAUGAUGAGCCAGUGCCUAGAAGAGGAGGAGGAAGAGGAGGAGGACAGCGACAGAGAGAUCCAGGAACUGAAGCAGAAGAUCCGCCUUAGGCGCCAGCAGAUCCGCACCAAAAACCUACUCCCCAUGUACCAGGAGACUGAGCAUGGAACAGGCUUUCGGGUCACUUCUAGCAGCUCCCAGUUUAGUUCACGUGAUUCAACGCAGUUCUCUGACUCUGGCUCUGCAGACGAGGUUGAUGAAUUUGAAAUCCAAGAUGGUAGCGAAGGAUCUAACCUGACUCACAUGUCAAAGAACGGACUCUCAGUGUCAAUGGCCUCGAUGUUUUCAGAUGCUGACAUCAGAAGGAGCACAGCUUCAAACAGCAAAUCCUUCACUUCUUCUCAAUCCUUCUCUCACUGCUUUCUUCACUCCACAUCUGCGGAGGCAGUGGCCAUGGGACUCUUGAAGCAGUUCGAAGGCAUGCAGCUCCCAGCUGCCUCAGAGCUGGAAUGGCUAGUUCCAGAGCACGAUGCCCCUCAGAAGCUCCUGCCCAUCCCUGACUCACUGCCCAUCUCACCAGAUGACGGGCAGCAUGCUGACAUCUACAAGCUGCGGAUUCGUGUUCGUGGAAACUUGGAGUGGGCCCCACCCCGGCCUCAGAUCAUUUUUAAUGUUCAUCCAGCUCCGACGAGGAAGAUCGCGGUGGCCAAGCAGAAUUACCGCUGCGCAGGGUGUGGCAUUCGGACCGACCCUGAUUAUAUCAAGCGGCUGCGGUACUGUGAGUACUUGGGCAAAUACUUCUGUCAGUGCUGCCAUGAAAAUGCCCAGAUGGUCAUCCCCAGCCGGGUUCUGCGCAAGUGGGACUUCAGCAAGUACUAUGUCAGCAACUUCUCCAAGGACCUUCUCAUUAAGAUCUGGAACGAUCCUCUUUUCAAUGUGCAGGACAUCAACAGUGCCCUCUAUAGGAAGGUCAAGCUGCUCAAUCAAGUCCGGCUGCUGCGGAUUCAGCUGUAUCACAUGAAGAACAUGUUCAAGACAUGCCGACUGGCCAAAGAGCUUCUGGAUUCCUUUGACACAGUUCCAGGCCACCUGACCGAGGAUCUUCACCUGUACUCACUGAAUGACUUGACUGCAACCAGGAAGGGGGAGUUGGGGCCCCGGCUUGCUGAGCUCACCAAGGCAGGGGCUGCCCACGUAGAGCGAUGCAUGCUCUGCCAAGCCAAGGGCUUCAUCUGUGAGUUCUGUCAGAAUGAGGAUGACAUUAUCUUUCCUUUUGAGCUCCAUAAGUGCCGGACCUGUGAAGAGUGUAAAGCGUGUUACCAUAAAGCUUGUUUCAAGUCUGGAAGCUGUCCCCGGUGUGAGCGGCUGCAGGCCCGGCGGGAACUGCUGGCCAAACAGAGCCUGGAGUCUUACAUGUCAGACUACGAGGAGGAACCCACGGAAGCCUUGGCCCUAGAGGCCACCGUCCUGGAGGCCACCUGAAGAAGGCGCAUUAAACCCUCUUUCCAGGGGCCAGGGUCACAUGUAAUGCAGAACUGAGCCACCCUUUCAAGGACUUUCCCCACUUGGGUUUUUUUUUUUUCCUUUAAUUCUUAUCAUUAUGAUUUUUUUUUUUUAAUGACUUGUCUAACGUCCAUGUAAAUCAACCUUUGUUAGGUUGGUGGGGUCCAAUCUGUUGUGACAAUUUGUAGGUACCGGGUAUUUCCAUCAGAACUGACAUAUGAGUCCUUAUGUGAAGCUUCUAGUGCCUCUGUCGGGAAUGGACGGUGAGACCUGAUUCUUCAGACAUCCGUGGCCUUCUCUACUUGGACCAGAUCUGGUUUCAGCUGCAUUUCAAGUAUCAUUUCCGGUUUUAUUUUGUUUUAGUUCUGGAGCUUCUGAGUCAGGCCUUUUGCAACCAACUGACUUCUCCUUUGCUGCUGAAAUAGGAGGAUGGAGUUUUCUCUCUCUGUCCUGGAAUGGAGUCAGACUGGGCCCUGAGGAGAAGCAGCAGAGAAUGGGACUGCAUCGUGGGCAUCCUGUCCAAUUUACAUAGGUCUUUGUGAGGCCGUGGAAAUAGCAUUGUUACCUGGAAUCCUCAGUGACCCUGAGGCCACCUUGACCUCCUUGUUUGAUACCGUCUAGGCAUUGAAGUGUCACAGACUGACUUUCUUUACCCCGGUGGGGUUGAAGCAAAGAAGCAUAACUGUUACUUAAGCCAGGCCCCUUCAUGGCCUUCCACCAGGCAGAAGCGAGGCUGCAGCUCUAUUGCUUCGAGAGCAUUUAUUCAGUCAGAGGAGCUGUUGGCUUCCUUUUACGUGAUAAGCUCUCUUUUAGUCAUCCUAGCUCUGGUGCAGAUAUGAUCUUUCAAGCUCAGGCAAGUCCCCGAUAUCACCCUAAGUUGCAGACAGAAACUCCAUCCACCGUCUUAGUUGUGGGUCUCUUGCCACUGUGUUCUCUGUUAGACGGUCAUUUUGGUUCUGAGUGAAGGUAUGGCCCCACUCCAUUCUCAUCCCCUCCCUGCAUCAGAGCUGGGACCCUCCUUGGUGGCUGAACUCUUGCCUUAGUUUCUUUUGUUAAAAUCAAGGUGGGGGCAGGGAGAUUUCUGCCAUUAGUGGGGUGAGAAAACUUGGCCAUUUGUGGGUGUGAGUGUGAGUGUGAAUGUUCUUAUUAUGCACUGAGUUCUGUAGUCUGGUGAUAUCCAUAUGUUCACUCAUUCUUUUCAUAUUACUAAUUUUAAACACACCUUUAACAUACCUUUUCUUAAAAUCUGCAUUUUGAUGGGACCGUGAAUAUGUCUGUGGUAUUCUUUACGUUGCCGUAGCCCCGACCCCCACCUAGAACGCCAGUCAGGGCUGCUGUUCUGAGGGCUGGUAGCUCUGUGAACAAGAGCCCACAGCACUUUUUCCCUGGGCCUGAUUUCUUGUAUACCUGUAUUUCCAUAAUUGGCUGCUGGUAGAAAAAACUUGGUUUGGAUGCUGCCCCAAGAAGCUGAACAGAAAGCAGCACACAGUCGGCGGAAGCUGAUGAGUGACUGAGCUGGAGAUAGCCAGGAGUCUCACAGGAAGUGGAAGGGGCUGUAGGGUAAUGACCAGAGCUUAGGCUUCACCUGGGCCAGAGGGAGCAGGGAACAAGUGACCCAUGGCAUUGGUCUCUCUUCCUCAGACUUAGGAUCAGGCCAGAAGACCCUGAGGCUCUUCUCCCUUUAAGUCAUAGAGAAGGCUCUGAGGCCAAGUUCUGUAGCCCAGCCCGGUUUUGAGGGGCUAACUAGGAGCUCCGUUGUCCUUCAAAGAGCUUUGGGAAUGGCCCCAUACUACUCAAGUCUUACUAAGGGUUAGGCCUCAGAUUCAAACUCAGGGGUUUGUUAAAGAAAAAGCUGAGCUCUGUGUCCAGUUUUGGUAUACAUUACAUAUCUAGCUCCUCAGUCUUAAGUCACUACACUGGAGGAGAGAGGCACUGUCAUUAUUAUCCCACCUGUUUUGUAUUAGCAGAGGACCAAAGGAUGGAAACCCUGACAGUUUCCAAAGUUGAGCUCAACGAUCUUACAGGCUCCUGGUUUUUCACUUAUUUUUCUCCACCUUCCCCAUUCCAUCUUCUUAGAUUGCAUAGCUGUUUUAGUGACCCUGACACUCUGCUGUCAUUAUUGUCCAAAUACCCAUUUAUUUAUUUAUUUGAGAGGAAAGAGAGAGAGGAGUAAGUAUGGGAUGCUUUGAAAGCACUUUGCAACUUACAGCAGUUUCUAAAAACCCCCAGCUGUUGUGGGGAAAAGUCUGAAUGCACUGAAGAGCAUUCCUUCUAAAUGAAAUGGGAGGGAAGAAGUUCUUUUUUAUAAAUAAAGGGAAAAAAGUUAUAAGUUGGCUUACAAGGUAGAGACAAGGUUCAAGACAUAGCAGAAGAGUGGAAGGCAGGUAUUUUCCACUUUAAUGAGGCUGUUAUUGACUUUCUCUGCCAAAGCUUUAGAGCUUCUGUUAAAUUAACAUAAAAGGAGCAAGAGUCUAAAUAGAGAUGUUCUGUUCAUGUACAACUUGUGUUCUGAACUGGAUUUCUACUCGCUGUAAUUCAUACACAGCCUAACAGUCUGUUGUCAUCUUCAAUAAACUAAGGAAAUGAAAUUCCUGCCUGUUAUUUUUCUGCUUUGAUUAUCAGGAAAUGGUAUUGAGUGUCUACUGUAAAGCAGGCAUGUUUGAAAAUUCAGAAGCUUCCUGAAUUCUGACGCAAAGAAAACUGGACCUUCCAAGUCAGGAAAAGUGGGUGUGAGAAUAUGUUGUCACUGACUUGCUGUGUGACCUUGAGCAGAUCACUUUGCUUCUCUGGAUUUCUGUUUCUUCAUGUAUCAAAGAUACGGGUGCUAGUCCUUACCAGUGCACAAGGUGUGCCCCCUACCCAUCCUUUUGAUGUGAAUAUCUUAUUUUAAAAUGAGGUAGGGGCACCUGGCUGGCUCAGUCAGUGGAGCGUGCGACUCUUGAUCUCAGGGUUGUGGGUUCAAGGUGCAGAAGGUACUUCAAAAUAACAAAUUUUAUUAAAAGAAAAUUAACAAUAAGUGAGGUAAAUCUUUCUCUGAUUCUCACUUCUGUGAACAACUUGCUCUGAGUUUCUCUCUUAUGUUCUUGGCCCACUGGAGCUCCAGCUUCCCCUUUGCAACUUUCUGAACAAUUCUGCUUUGACGUCCCUUGGCCAUCUCCCACUAAUGUGUCCAAACCCAACAUAAAUAUCGUAUUCCCCCUAAUCUAACCAAUAGUCACCCCAGCUUGAAAAUUUGGUUUUCUUCAACUCCUUCCUCUCCAAGUUAGCUAGCAUGUUUAGCUAACAAAGCAUUAUCUCCUUCCGACCACCUGUCAUCAAGUUCUGCUGAUUUUUCUCUUGAAAAUAAAUCUACCUUGUCCUUUCCUAUCAUUCGCACACAAAUUUAGGUUCUUAUCUUAUAUCUCAACCAUCUCUAGCCAUGCCAAUCUCUUCCUAUUUAAUCAUCUGUCAAACAUUUGGGUACCUGCUCUCUGCCAGUUUCUCUACUAGGCUCUAUGGCUAUUGCUGGGAGAAAAAUGGAGACACUUAAAUGAAUAUUGUAAUUAUAAGCUCCAAUAAGAGCUGUGAAGGAAACGAGUAGAUGCUACUACAUUAAAAAACAUCAUAAUUUAAAUUGGAGACAAGUAAGUCCCCUGAUGAGGCAGGGUAGGGAGAAAAGGAUUCCAGAUGGGGACUGUCAUAUGUGUUGGUGCUGACACAGGAGGAGUUUGGGCAAGGAACUGCAGGAAGAACCAAACUGCAAAUUUUAGCUUUUAUUCUUAGAACACUGGAAAGCCAUCGAAGAGUUCUAGUCAGAGAAGUGACUCAGCUGGUUAAAAUGUCAGUGUGUACUUUCCAGAGAAUAAAUAGAGUAAAGCAAGAGUAGAAGCAGUGGGAUCUUCUAGAGGGUUGGCUCUAGUGACUCAAGAGAGGAAUUAUGUUGAUUUGGACGAGGGUGUGGAAUAUUGUCAUCACUGUCCACUCAUUACCCCAGACCUCUGAAAACAAGACGCAUUCCAAAUGUUCUACAAUGACUUGGGCAUUUUAAAUCAGUGAAGGAAAGGCUGAGGAUCAAGAGAUUGGAAAGAUACUGGGAGAAAUGACACAACCCAUGAAAAUUAGCAACUAAGUGUCAGAAAGCACAGAGACCAGGACAACCCUAGGAACCUCCGCUGCAGGAUUUGCAAACCGCUUGAGCCUGGCUGCCAGUGAGGCAGGCCAAAGGGUAACAACUGUGCUGGGGACUCACUCCCAAAUAUUAGGACACAUCCAAAAGAAAGGGGAGUUAUGAGUUGGGGAGUCGUCCAUUGGGGCCUUGACUAUGUUAUCAAUCCCUGUAGCCCCAGGAGUGUGUACAUUUGCUCUAUCCUCUAAUGGUACAGAAUAGGCAUAGUUUUUAUAGCUUCUUGGUUAAAGUGAGGCCCAAGCUUGCUUCCGUUUUCCUAUAAACUUCUGGCUUAGAGUGUGGGGAAAAGGGAUCACUCUGCCCAUCCCAUCCUGCUGACUGCCCUGGUCAGCUACAGUCUUCUCCCAUAUUCAGUCUCCAGGAUAUCCAAAUGCUUGCUUAAAAUAUUAGGGAUAGCAGCUGCCAGAUGGCCUACGCUUACCCAUUGCAAGCUUGAUGUUUUCAGGAUCAAAGAUGAAUGUGAUUAACAAGGAAAGAGAAUCUGCUUAGCACUACUCCUUUAGGAGUAUGGCGAGCAUUAGGCUGUGUUACCCUUGCCGCCUUCUUUUCUGUGAACUACUUCUGGAGGCUUUGGAGGGACAUCAGAGAUUUAGUCAUUAAUUUUCCAUGGAUUCUGUCAUUUAUCCCAAUAUCAUGACCGUGUCUUCAUACCAGACAAGUGAGGUGAGGGUUAGUGGGUUAAAAUAAAUCUUGAGUGGUGGGAGGGUUCUUAGGUAGGUGGGAGUUUUAGGGAUCAGCCUUCUGAGAGGCUGCAGUAGGCCAGUAAGAUGCAAGACUGCGACCCAGCAGUGUAGCCCAGAUGACCUGGAAUCUUUUUUGGCCACUUUGUCACUGUAGGUACAUCCUGUCAUUUUUUCUCACUGCCCUGGGAAUAUCUCACUUGUUUUCCUUUUAAACAGUGAUGCUUGUAGUUCUCAACUUGCUUUAUCACCCUACUGGCCCAUGGCAGGAACAGAAGCUAGCCUCCCAGCUUCUCCCCCAAACCCCUGUUUCCACAGCCAGCCCCCAACGGCUUCAGCACUAGAAGUGGCAGGGGGGUGGGGGGACAAGCAAGUAGAAGGUUCUUUCUCUCCUUUCCCUCCUUACCUCCUAGCCUUUGCCACUUAAAAUCUGAGGAAAGAAAUUCAGCCUAGAUGCCAGCCAUAGGUCUCCCUGCGCCAUGGACUAAAAGAUUUGUAAUCUCUGACUUAACCAACCACUGGAAGCCCCACAACUACAGAUCUACCUAAAAGAAAGUCCUGACACAGAGAAAAGCAGGAAUGAGCCUACAGAGGAAAAGGGAAUGAAAGAGAGCUGCUUCUCUCUCUUUCUCUUUUGUUUGUUCAAUAGUUAGAUAAUUUCCAAUACAUUCACAUGCUUAAAGUAUACAAAAAAGUAUACAGUGAAAAGCCUCCUAUGUCUAGCCAUCCAUGUUGCCCAGUUUUUGCCUCACCCCCUUUAGUAGCCCCUCAUUAAUUUUCCAUCUAUUCUUAGAGAGUUUCUUUAUGGAAAAAUAAGCAAAUAAUAUAUUCUUUUUAUUCUGGGGAUCCUGGGUGGCUCAGUUAGUUAAGCAUCCGACUCUUGUUUUCGGCUCAGGUUAUGAUCUCAGGAUGCUGAGAUCAAGCCCCAUGUUGGGCUCUGUGCUCAGUGGGAAGUCUGCUUGAAGAUUCUCUCCCUCUGCCCCUCCCCCCCCAAUAAAUAAAUCUUUAAAAAAAACCCAAAUAUAUACUUUUUUUUUAAAAAAGUUUUAUUUAUUUGAGAGAAAGAGAGUGAGGGAGAGAGAACAUGAGUGGAGUUGGGGCGGGGGGAAGAAGGAGAGGGAGAAGCAGACUUCUGGCUGAGCAGGGAUCUAGGCUUGGGGCUCGAUCCUAGAACCCUGACAUCAUGGCCUGAGCUGAAGGCAGACAUUUAACUGACUGAGCCACCCCGGGGCCCCCAAAAUAUAUAAUCCUAAACCUUUACCCUUAAAAAAAAAUUGGCCUAUUAUAUAUAGAUUUAAAUACCUUGCUUUUUUAAAAACAGUAUCUUAAAUAAUUUUCUGUAUCAGUACAUGAAGAGUUUCCUUAUUUUUUCUUAUAGCGGCGCAUUUUCCAUUGUAUGAUUGGACAAUACUUGGUUCAACAGUUACCUAUUGAUGAGCACUUAAGUUGUUUCCUAUCUAUUGUUGUUACAAACAAUGCUGCAAUGAAAAAUCUGGUCGUACAUUAUUGUAUAUGGGUGCAGGUAUUUAUAGGAUAAAUUCUCCAAAGUGGAACAACUGGCACAAAAUACAGGUGCAUUUGUAAUUUUGGUAAAUAUUGUCAAAUUGAUCUCCAGAGUGGGGAUGAGGAGAUUGGAGCAGGGGAGAGGAUGGAAAACAUUACUGUGAGGUCACACUCCUUUGGCUAAAACUCACCACUAUUUCUGUCUACAAGAUAAAGUUUGGUUCCUGACCCUGGCACAUACAGGAUCUUCAUAACAUGGCCACACUUUAACUUCCUAACGUCACUUCCUGCCAUUCCUUGAACUACUCGCAAUUUCCCAACUAUGCCUUGAUCCUUCUUCCUUUGAAGAGCUAAUUCAGCUAUAUCCUGGUUUUCUCUGAUUUAUUCUCUACCCAUCCUCCAAGAGCCCUUAGCACUGUCUCUGGGCCUCUGUUAGAACACUUCUCACGCGGUCUUGUCAUUUAGCAUUUUCUCUAAAAGCACAACGGACAAGUGAAUGAACGGGAUGAAAGCAUGAAUGGCCAGGUGGCCAUCGGAAUGUAAGGAACUGGCUGUUCUACAUGGGAACAAGAAUGGCCAGAAGUACACUGUGGGACAAAGGACAGGAAUGUUCUGACUUUGCCUCCAACUACCACCCCUCUUAGCUCUCUUAUUUCUUUCCUUGGGACCAUAUCUUUGCGGUGGUUACUUUCCUAAAUCUUAAAGUGAUAAAAAUAUACUCAUAUCCCUUCUCUUCCCUCAGCUGCUUUGCAACUGUUCAUGUGUUGUUUUGUCCAGCAGCUAUUAUCAGGGAACGUAACAUUCCAACUGCCCUUUACUCACCGUAUUAUUAAACAGCCAGCCUUUCCUUGCCAGGGACUAAACUGGGAGACAGGAUGAUAUUUAGAUUCCCUAAAAACACCCUAGGGAUUUAAAAAUCUUCAAGUCUACACAGUAAGCUGAGAGAAUGAUAAAGCCACAUGAAAAACUACUGAAGCUGUUAAAAUGUCCAAACAUUUUCCACCUAGAGAUAGAAAAAUAGCUUAUAGUACAAAAAUCUUACUUGUUCUAAGAAGCAUAGUUUAUUGUUACAAAGUAGUUGUGGUUCACACAAAGUCAAAGCCUGACAGCCAGCAAGUUCUCAAGCUUCUCUUCUCAACAUUUAACUUAGACUUGAGAUCUGCAUAGGCUAAGUUCAAGAACACUGUUUAAAAGGUGGGGGGAACACCAGACCAGCAACCAACCAACCAACCAUCCAUCCAUCCAUCCAUCAUGCUGGAUGUGGAGCCUGCUGGAGACUCUAUCUCUUUCCCUCUGCCCUCACCACCCACCCCCAACCCCACUCACACUCUCUUUCUC